AUGGAGGGCGAUGUACGUGUUCGUGCAGUGGUGAUGACACGUGAUGACUCCAGUGGCGGUUGGGUGCCCCUCGGAGGUGGUGGCCUGAGUCAUGUGGUCAUAUGUAAGGGGCGGAGUGAAGGCCGAGGACGCAGAGAGUACAUCAUACGAGGAGAACGGCUGCGAGAUCGAGCACCGGUGUUGGAGUGUGCGGUACAAAGAGGGCUGGUGUACAACAAGGUCAACCCCAUCUUCCAUCACUGGAGGGUAGAAGAUCGCAAGUUUGGCCUCACAUUCCAGAGCCCUGCUGAUGCCAUCUCCUUUGAGAAGGGGUUGCAGGCCGUCAUAGACAAACUUGACAGAGGCUCAGACUCCCCAUCAUCCUCAACCCCUGAAGAGGCUGACACAGAAGAUGAUGGCCAAGCGUCUCAUACAGGAAGUGAGUCAUCAUCAAACAGUAGGAAGGAAAUGCUUCCUAAACCCAUCACCAUCGUCACAAGUGAAUCGUCCUCAACCUGUUUUGUACGAACAGAGGAAUUUGGCUUUGGUUCCAGUCAUGCUGUCACAACACAAACUCCUGCUCAGAUCCACACUCGGCCCGGACAGCACCAGCUUUCACAGAUGUCGGCUGUUUUGAAUCCUCCUGCUCCUCCGCCUCCUCCACCUGCUCCUCCGACGCCUGGCCCUCCUGCAUCAUCUCCUCUGUCCCCACUUUCUCCCACCAUUUCGCUGUUAGAGGAGGGAGAUCUGCGCAGCGUUGACCCCUGCAAAGACCUGUGGGGCUCCAGGGGCUAUGAGGACUACAGGCGACCUGUGGCUACGAGGACUAUGGUGGGGGGCCUGACAGGAGGGGUAGUCGUAGGCAGUGGAGUUAGUCUGGAGGACAAGUCUGAGCUGUGCGUGGUGCGAUUCGAGAAGGAUCUGGCAGGAGUAGGGACGACUGGCUGUGAUGUGACCGUCAGUUUGGACAGUAAAGCAUCUCAACGUCUGUCCUCAUCCUCCCCCACUUGCAUGUCCAUGUCCAACGCUGUCUCCGGGAUGUCCUCAGGCGGCGGAUCACCCCAGGACACAGGUAAAGGGUCCCCCUCUCCUUGCUGCAUUCACGCCUCUUUAGCUACGCCUAGAUCACGGACUCGUAAGAGAGGAGGAGGGGCUAGCAGUAGUGGUGACCCCGGGGUGAUUUCCCCAGAUGAUGACAGCCCGUGUCCUCAGGCAUCAUCAUGCUCGUCCCGCUGUGUGUACUGCCGUUCUGUGUUCAGCGCCUCCGAGAACGGGAGGGGCCGCUGUAGAGACGCCCCUGACCCGGCCCUGCACUGCCUACGCCAGUGGACAUGUGUGUGGUGUGCAGAAAGUCUGCUCUACCACUGCAUGUCGGACUCUGAAGGAGAGUUUUGGGAGCCGUGUUCGUGCGAUGACUCACUAGGGGGCCAAUCGCACUCCUUGUGCUGUGCGCGCUGGCUGGCCCUCCUCGCCCUGUCAGUCUUUGUGCCCUGCAUGUGCUGCUACCUGCCUUUGCGCGCCUGCCUGCGCUGUGGAGAGAGGUGUGGCUGCUGUGGGGGGAAGCACAAAGCGGUGCGAUGA